CUUAGUGUAAGUACAAUCAAGCUCCGUUACUAUUGGCAAAUACGAAUUGGCCAAUAAGAGAAAUGAACGUCUAGAGAAAUAGGAGGGAAGGGGGCAAAUAAAUUGAACCUGUGUCGUUUUAUUAUUUCUUUUUUCUUUGUUUCUAAUCAAAUGGAUUUUGAAAACAGCAAGGAACUUGGUUUAUAUAUUGCUUAUGGUGCUAUGGUUACCAUGGCUGCAGUACCCAUCUACUGGGGAUCUGUCAGCUCUAUUCGUAGUAUGAAAAGACCUGCCAAUGCAUCCAAACGAAAGAAGACAGAAUCUCCACUUGAAGAUUCCGAUGAUGAAGAUGAGUCGAUCACUGAAAGCCUUUCUUCUGAAGAUGCUUACAUGUUUCCCAUCAUUGGCUCUGGUGUGUUAUUCUCAAUGUAUCUUGUAUACAAAUAUGUGGAUAAAAAAUAUAUCAACUAUGUCUUGACCGCAUACUUUUCAAUUAUGGGAAGUGCUGCAGUUACAAAGGCAUCUUUGGAUAUCUUUAGAAAGGUUGUGCCUGUCUCUUGGUUAAAGCAUGUUGCUAAAUAUAAAGUAACAUUAUCUAAACGAUCUAAAAACAUUUCCCGCUUUAGCUUUACGGUCAUUCAUUUCAUCAUGCUAUUUUUCUCUAUUGCAUUGACCGUUUAUUAUGGUUUAACCAAGAACUGGGUUGCUUCCAACAUUUUUGGCCUUUCGUUCUCUGUCAAUGCUAUUCAAUUGCUAUCACUCGACUCUUUCAAGACUGGUAUGAUCCUAUUAAGCGGUCUCUUCUUUUAUGAUAUCUUUUGGGUCUUUUACACCCCCGUCAUGGUCUCUGUUGCCAAAAACUUUGAUGCACCCAUCAAACUCUUGUGGCCUAGACAUAUCAUUGAAUACAUUUAUGGAAAGGCAACCUCUUUUGCCAUGCUCGGAUUAGGUGACAUUGUGAUUCCAGGUAUCUUUGUUGCCCUGACCUUGCGUUACGAUCGCCAUAUGUCGUGGAAACGUAACCCUGUUGGCGAAUUCAGAUCGACUGAUUUUCCUAAACCUUACUUCACUGCAUGCUUCAUUGCUUAUAUUCUCGGUUUAGUCACUACGACAGCAGUCAUGCACAUCUUCAAUGCUGCUCAACCUGCACUUCUUUACCUUUCUCCUGCCUGUAUUCUCUCUGUCUUGAUCACCGCUGCUAUUCGUGGUGAAUUAAAGGAACUGUUCUUGUAUACCGUCGAAGAUGAAAAGAAGAAGGAAAAGGAUGAUGAAAAGAAGAAGAAAAAAAGACCAGAGUCACAAAUCAUUGAACAAAUUGUUGAAGAAGAAGUAGUUGAAGAAAAGAAGGUUCAAGUAGAGGAAAUUGAAUUAGAAGAGUAAAGAAAUUGUGAAAGACAAGAGAAUAAUAAACUUGUAUGUAAAUACCCCC